AUGGGAUACCGCGGGAGUUGGGGAGAAAAGAACCUGGUCAGCAUGGACGACGAGGACGAUAUCGAGAAAUCGCCAUGGGACUUUGCAUUACCCGAAGAGAAGAAUGGCGCAUUCGAUUUCGAUGUGGAGAGGAGAUUGACCGUUACGGAGAUUGAAAUGGGAAAGGCUAUGGAUAUGGGGAAUAGUUACUUCGAAGAUACCGCGUCGGAGGUCGAGGAGAGAGAAUCAGUAGGUAGACCGAGUAUAGGGGUCGCAAGGACGGCGGAUGUUCAUGUUCUGUCUCGAACCGGGGUGCCGAGGCUAAUAGAGUAUAAGAAAUUAUGA